AUGUACUUUCGUCCUUUUGUGAUGGUCAUUUGGCAUUCUUGUUUCUUCUUUAUGGAGCUAAUUUGCUCUGUAUCUAGCCUGCCCCCAACAAUAGUCCGGCAUCGUCCUAUGGGUAUUGGCUUGUUGAACGAGCAUCGUCGUAGUCAUCUUCGUCGGACAGCGCGUGACGUGCACUCAAAGGAUUCUACGGGAAAGUACUAUUCAGAUAUAUUGGGCCGGCAAGAACCUAACUUGCCUGAAAAGCAAAUAAGCGACCGUCUAAAGUACGCGGAAGGUAUUCAGGAGGUUCUGGCAAAACCCAUGCACGUGGGGACUUCGCUAAAAUUUCGACCUACUGCGUACGAUUUAUUUCAAGCUGGAAUUGUAGGGAUUUUCACGGGAUUUUCUGUCGCACUGUUCAAGCUUUCAAUCAAUGCCGUGAAGAGCCUGUGUUACCGUCAAAUUUUUUUUCAAACAAACCCAGUCUUGAUGGUCACUGUGCCGGCUAUGGGUGGUGCAGCUGUCGGAGUCUUGAUGCUUCUCGGGGAUUUCCCUCCUGGUCUUCGCGGAACGGUUAUUGAAGUAGAUAAAGAAUCCCAAGGUACCGUCCAGAAGUUGCGAGAUCGUGUACAGACUCAAUUUCGCUUUCUGCGAAAGUCUGCUGCGGCCACUGUCACUUUAGGAACAGGGUGUAGUCUUGGGCCUGAAGGGCCGUGUGUCGAAAUUGGAAUGGAUGUGGCGCGCAGCUGUAUGGAUAUUAGCCGACGCACAGCAGAGCGCCAGCGCCUAUGGAACCGUAUGCUCUUGUCUUGCGGAGCAGCUGCUGGCGUUUCGGCAGGCUUUAACGCACCGAUCGCGGGUACUUUCUUUGCGCUGGAAAUUAUGCACCGAAUGUUUUCUUCAAUUGAUGGUGAGGAAAACGCAGACAAAGAUGCCUCCGCCGGGCUGAGUUCUCUGAACACGGCGACCAUUGCUCCCGUUCUAAUCGCUUCGGUCAUGUCAGCUUUAUGCGCAAGAACUCUACUCGGAGACCAUCUCGUACUAGCCCUAGGCGGUUCUUACUCUCUCAAAAAGCCUCUGAUUGAAUUACCGUUGUACAUGGUUCUCGGGCUCGUAUCCGGAACCGUUUCCUUUGCUUUUAGCCGAGCUGCCAACCUCAGCCAAGCUGUGUUUGUCGGGGAUUAUGGAAGCGAUCGCUUUCGAAUGGGAGUGCGUAGCCUGUCACCUGCGUUCAAGCCCGUCAUUGGUGGCAUUCUUUGUGGGCUCGUUGGAAUCAAGUUCCCGCAAAUCCUUUUUUUUGGAUAUGAUUGCUUGAACCCACUUCUAGCCAACAACUCUUUGCCAACACCCCUACUUCUUUCCCUCCUGGCAGCAAAGAUAUCUAUUACAGCAAUUUCCGCUGGCUCUGGACUAGUCGGCGGCACUUUUGCUCCGUCGCUAUUUUUGGGAGCAGUAACUGGCGCUGCAUUUCACAACAUUGUUUCGAGCAUUCUCUAUUGUGGCCUUGGCCUGAGUGCUGCUUCAGGACCUUUACUUGCCGACGUCCCGGCCUAUGCCAUGGUAGGAGCGGGAUCUGUACUUGCUGCUCUCUUUCGAGCACCUUUGACAGCUUGCUUGCUUCUCUUUGAAGUAACCCGCGACUAUGACGUUAUUCUCCCAUUGAUGGCGAGUGCUGGCUUUGGCAGUGUCUUCGCGGAUGUUUUAGAUGGAAAGUUCAGCAGAGCUCAGAAGAGAAGAAGGCUUCGUCGAGAUAAAGAUGCAGUAUCUUGGGGCGACCUGUCAAGCUAG